CUUAGUUACACCGCCAAGUCACUAGUGCGCAUGACCGGAAGACGAUUCAGAUGAGGGCGGUCUUUUUUUUUCCCCUUUCUUCUUUGAUUGUUAACUUCUUAGAGAAGUUAAAUAUUGCAAUAAUUCACGAAAACACACACAUAAGCAAAGUUGAGUAAAUGCGAAACAGAGUAAAUGCCUCAGACUGUUUGCAAAACGAAGAAUAACAACAAUAUCAACAUCCUGGAUUUGUGUAACGCUGCUAGCGUUUAUACUUGCAAACAAAGUUAACAACGUGUUUGUGAGCUUGGUUUGGAAUUUUAAGAGGAUCCAUGUCAGACUGCGAUAAUGACUGAACCACAAAGAAGUACGAGGAAGUCAACAGAUUUGAAAAACGAGGAUGGCUAUGAAAUCUCUAUUCCCUUUGAAGACAGUAGUGCAGACGAGUCUGGUUUCUACAACCAGACUGACCACACGUUUGAUGAAAGUGCAUCAGGACAGACGCCUCCCUGCAACCCGUACCUGUUGAUUUCCAACCUUCGUGCCCAGCUGCAGAUCUCCCUGGAAAAGAACUCAUGGCUACAGAAACGCAUCGAGGACCUGGAAGAGGAAAGAGACUUCCUGCGCUGCCAGCUUGACCGGUUCAUCUUCACCACCAAGAGUCAGGAGAGGAGUGAGCUUCAGCCUGAGGUUUCCCAACAGCCAACAUCCCAGAACACUGUCGUUCGCAGGACCUCAUCUCCGGUGCCCAUGAUGACUCGGUCUAGACAAGCACGCAGCCAGACCUUAAAGCGAAACAAGAAGAAGAACAGUGUCCAAGAUGAGGAAGAGGAGGAGGUGAUGGAGGAGGAAGAAGAGUAUAUAGAGGAGGAUGGCUACCUUGAAGAGGAGGAGAUUGUAUCAAACGAUGACGACCCUAACAACAAAGUCCGCAAAAGAAGCAGGCCUAAAAGCAGGUCGAAUGGUGGGCCGAUGAGAGUGAAAAGAACUCGGGUAUUCCGCAUAGCACGUGGAAUGGAGAGGCAAAGAGUGAAAGACCCUGCUGGAGUACUUUUUCGCUACAAGAAGAUUCUGGUGACAUACCAGAAGCUGAGGAGCAUGUCCAGAGCCUUUCAGGUUCACGGGGUCGACCGUAACACAGUAGCCUCCACCACUCCCAUUGCGGAGUUGCUCCUGGUCGCGCCAGAGAAAGUGGAAGAAGUCGGCGAGUUCGAUUCCUCCAAGGAGAAGCUUCUAGACUAUGCACGACGCUGCUACAAGGCCCUUGAUGAGACCGCUCAUGCCAAGGUGCAGGCCUUGAAGAAAAACAACCUCCUGCUGCCCAUCUCUUACAGAUUCAGGAACUGAUGCACCAAAAAAAAAAAAACUGUUUCCUUGAAACCUGUUGUAGUGAAUAAUGGAAGGAGGGUUCAAGGUUGAUGAUUGGAUGUUGCAGCAGCUAAGCAAAGAAUUGUUCUUUUAUUUUUUUUCUACCUCCAGCUACUGAUUAUUAUUUGAACAGAAACACAUUGGCAUUGCUGGUAUUGGCAAGCAUGGUUAAGAUUGAUGGAAAGGUCUCUCUUUUGUUUGAGUUUGAGGGCGUUAGUCCGAGUCAGACAGGAUGGGAUCAGGGCAGCUGAAGUGAGAUGAUGCGUUGGCUGAGAUAUUUGAGCAAGGAUGAUCGGAGUGGGGUUAGGGUAGGAAAGAACAAAAUUCUGAGAUAUAAGAUACAAGCGAUGAAGUAAAUCACUGUAUUUAAAGACUGUGUAUGUAUAUUUUUGUACUUGUUCAUUAUUAUUUGGGGGUAAAAAAAAAAAAAAAAAAAAAAACCGCUAACUUCCUCACUCCUCAGACAAAUGUAACACUUAUUCCCCUGUUCAUUAACACCUUUUUAAUGUAGCUUCCUAAAUUGUGAAUUCUGAUUUAUGAUUAUGAUAAUGAGAUUAAACUGUGUUCUUGUUCUAAGUUUGAAGACCUGGAUUUACAGAUUUACCACCAUGAUAUUUAUUUUAAGAAACAGCAGUUUAGUCAUCUGUAGAUCACAUCUGAAUCUUUAAGGACAGUCUGGUCUUUUCAGUUUGCAUGUAGAUUUGGUUGACGGACGCUUUUUUUUUUUUUUUUUAAAAACUGUAUCACUCCUUCCUCAGUAGUCAUGUUCAGUCAUGUACCUGCACACAUUCCUGUAAACACCUGACUACAAUUACUUCGAGCUAAGAUUAAAGACACAUCAUGUAGUUAGUCAUUAUCCUCAGAGAUGUAGCCUGCUAACGCAAUUUGAUUGCAAAAAUGGUAAAUCUUCACUUAUCUGCCUUGUUAUAUUACCGAGGUCUUUACACUGUGUAAUCAUGGGUCAGUGAUGUCAUUGUAUUUAAGUCCAUGUAAAGGAUGGAUGAUUGGUUCUGUUUUUUCGUUUUUUGUAGUUUUUUUUUUUUGAUGAUCUGUUUGUUAUUGUUUUUCUUUUCUCUACAGGGGAAUAAACUCUGUACAUUUACAGUA